AUGCCCAUGGUUGAGCAUCACCCAGGUGGCAAAGGACUGCCCCAUAAGCCUCAUGAUGGUGGGUUCUCUUCCUGCAACGGUCCCUCUAGCAGUGCUGAGGUCAAAGCAGAGACAACUGGUGUCUUAGCUGAGAUGUAUGGAAUAUUGGAGUCAUCCACUCACACAGUUUUCAAUCUGCAGCAUGAAUCAAAGAGUCAGCUGAAUCACAAGGCACUUCUCCUUCUUGAUGUAGCACGUGCACAAUGCAAAGUCUUUUGUGCAGAACAAGCUCUGGCCACAUGCAUCACCCAUGAAUACGAAUCGAUGGCCAAGUUGUACAAGUACAAGGCAGGCAGUGGCAAGGUAGCUAUUGGUCUUUGGAUUGCUGGUAUCACUGGUGUGACUUACUCAGGUGCUAUGAGUUGCUUGGAUGCUGGCCACUACUUUGGGCAAGUCGGGUGUAGUCUACUCUGGCACUAUGAGUUGCUAGGAUGCUUGACAUUGCUUUGGACUAAUAUGGAAUUGUGCAAAUACUAUGGGCAGCUAUGAGUUACUAACA